AUGUUCCCGAAGGCGUCUCUGCUGCUGGGGCUCACUGUCCCCGGCAGCCACCUCUGGACCUUUCAGAAGGCCUUUGCAGACGUUAGUAAGAACCACGGUUAUUUCAUGAUGUCCGUGGAGUUGGCCGUGGCUUCCUUCAGCAGUGGCAGCAAGGACAUGCAGGCCCACAGGCUGCUGGAGGUCGGGCGAGCCCAGCAGGAGAGUUGGACAGUGAUAUUUUUAAUGGACCUAGAGCUGGGCCAGACAAUUUGUAGAAAACGUGCUGAAGACCUCGGCCACUGUCCCCUGCAAGAAGGCCCGGGAGAGAAGGUGAGCUGCACUUUCGUGGUGGACUCGCAACCCUGGAUCACCCAGUUCACCCUUGUGAACAGCACCUGCCAGCAGAACCAGGGGGAAGGGGCCCCCAUCUCCCGCAGCAGACCCUCUUCCUCUGGAUGA